GAUCAAAACCGCAAGAUGAAAGCAAAGGCUGUCUUCAUAAAUGCGUCUACGUCUCUAAACAGUCCUGACACGCGGGAAAGGAAGAUGGAGCGUGUUGGGAGGAAUGGACUAUUGCUGCUUAUGCUAAUGACUUCCUUGCUGGACUGCCAAGUGUGUGUGAGAGCAAGUCUGGAAGUGAAUGACACUCAUCAGCACCAACCUGCUAAUGUGUACGACGACAUGGGACUCACCAGGAACAAGAUAGUCACAGCACAGUUUGAGUGCUACCAAAAGAUAAUGAAGGACAAUCCUCCCGACAGACAAGAGCCCAUGUGUCAUCGCACUUGGGAUGGAUGGUUGUGUUGGGACGACACCAAGGCUGGCGUCAACUCCGAGCAGCACUGCCCAGACUACUUUCAGGAUUUUGAUCCUUCAGAGAUGGUGACAAAGAUCUGCACUGACAGUGGUCAAUGGUUCUUGCAUCCCGAGAGCAACCGGACGUGGACCAACUACACUCGCUGCAACGAACACACCAGUGAAGGCAGAGUGACUGCUAUGAAUCUUUUCUACCUAGCUCUUAUUGGACAUGGACUUUCCCUGAGCUCGCUGUUCGUCUCACUCGGAAUAUUCUUCCAUUUCAAGAGUUUGAGUUGUCAGAGGAUCACACUUCACAAAAACCUCUUCUUUUCUUUUGUCCUCAACUCUGUGAUUACCAUCGUUUGGCUGACCGCAGUUGCCAACAAUCAAGAACUCGUGCAGAGGAAUCCAACAAGCUGCAAGGUGUCACAAUUCAUUCAUCUCUACCUGUUUGGUUGCAACUACUUUUGGAUGUUGUGUGAAGGAAUUUACCUCCACACUCUUAUCGUGGUGGCCGUGUUUGCUGAGAAGCAACACCUGAUGUGGUAUUAUCUUCUUGGCUGGGGCUUCCCUCUUAUUCCUGCUUCCAUCCAUGCAAUUGCGAGGAGUUACUACUACAAUGACAACUGUUGGAUUAGCUCCAAAACGUCGUUACUCUACAUCAUCCACGGUCCCAUCUGUGCCGCGCUCCUGGUGAAUUUGUUCUUUCUGCUCAACAUCGUGAGAGUGCUCAUCACCAAGCUGAAGGUGACCCACCAGGCCGAGUCCAGCCUCUACAUGAAGGCCGUGAGGGCCACGCUCAUCCUGGUGCCGCUUCUGGGGAUCCAGUACGUCCUGCUUCCCUACAAGCCCGAGGGACGGGUUUCCUCCGAAAUAUACGACUACAUCAUGCACAUAUUGAUGCACUACCAGGGUCUGCUGGUGGCCACCAUCUUCUGCUUUUUCAACGGAGAGGUCCAAGCAGUUCUGCGGAGGCACUGGAACCAGUACAACCUCCAGUUUGGCAACAGCGUAGGAAACCACUCGGAUGCCCUGCGCUCGGCCUCCUACACAGCCUCCUCCAUCACCGAGGUCCAAGGCUGCUACAGCAUCGACGGCCACUCGGAACACAUGAACGGCAAAGGCUGCCACGACACCGAAGCCUCCAUCUUCAAGUCGGAAAACCCCUUCGACUGACCGUGUUCCGUACUCAGCCUUCGACAGGUUCGACACCAAUAGCUCCGACCGCGGGGACUGGACUUUUCUUACCAAGUUUAUCGAGGGGGAAAAAAAAAAAAAAGACUGUAUACUCGCCACUCUAUCUCACUGACGGAGGACCUUUUUCUUGGUCCUGGUAAAUGUUUUUCCACUUGCAGAAAGUCUUUGUUUUAAGUACAUUUCCGCUGGUUCGUGCCAAACUGACACAUCCUUACUUUUUCUCGUUCAUGAUUACAUUCUUCCGUACGUUACACAAACCAUAGGAUGUUUUGUAUAAAACAAAUAUUCACGUUAUAGCAUAUGUCUAUUAUCCAUAUUAAUUUAUCCUGUGUUAUUCUUAAAAUUAAUAUCACUGUACUACCGUAUUUUUCCGACUAUUAGCCGCUACUUUUUUUUCCUACGGCUUAAAAAAGCGGUGUGGCUAAUUUAUGGGAUUUUCUUCGCGAUGGGCUGGCGAUAUUUUUGUAUUUCAACUAGCGGGUUAAAAAAAACGUUUCGUGCCUUGAACCGGAAGCAUACCCGCAUAGUGUUUCUACCCAAAAGGGAUUCUUCAAGCAACGUUUGUACGUUUUACAAUAUAACUAAAACCACUCAUUCUUACUAAACCGUCCCAUAUCUGUACGAGUGUUUUUACGCAUAUUUGUAUGCGCUAUCGUAAUGUAAUCAAGCUAGCAUCGUUAGCAUUAGCGAAUGUGUUAACACGCUUACAAAGUGCCUACCGUAUUUCCUUGAAUUGCCGCCGGGGCACUAAUUAAUUUAAAACCUCUUCUCACUCCGCCGCUUACCAAAGGCAUGCGGUAAAUUUAGGCUUGCGCUUAUAAAUUUGAGUGUGAUGUAAGGAUACCAUCAUGAAAAGCACAUUUAAUUAAAAAAAAACAUUAUUAUGGUCUUACUUUUACUUAUAAAUGAAGUCCAUGCACAGCUCUUUCUGAUCAAAAGCAUCGAUAACUUUUUUUAUAGAAGUCUUCCUUACCUUUCUUCAGUUUUAAAAGUCUCUCUGUCUAGAUGGAGAUCUUCCUUUAUUACCUCCUGUUUCAAUUGAAAGUCCAGUUUAGAAAACUGUUUUAUUUUAGAUAUGUAAUCAUCCAUGUUAAAAGAGCAAGCGAGAGGAAAAAAUGACCACACGCUGCUCACUCGUACUGCUUGUUGUCACUUCUUUUGUAGCCGAGUAGUAGCAAGAAGGAUCUCUAGCACCUUCUACCACCAGGAGGCGGGAGUCAUUUAAUGACUCAUAUUUGACACACGCAGCUACGGUAUAUUGAUAAAACAUAGCUGCUUACUGUUCUUUUUAGCAUAUUCAAUAGCUUGGACCUUAAAUCCUACUGAAUAGCUCUUAAUCUUCUUCCAAUAAUGCAAUUUAAAAUGAUUGAAAUCCCCCGCGACCCCGAAAGGGAAUAAGCGGUAGAAAAUGGAUGGAUGGAUGAAAUCAGCCUCAUCCGUGACGAGUUUGAAUCGGCGGAAAUUCUAGGCAUAUGCUAAUUAUUUAGCGAAACUAGUUUGACCCGGCGGAAAUUCUAGUCAUGCACUAAUAAAAUUAAUAUUUUGCGAAACGAGUUUGACCCGGCAGUAAUUCUAGUCAGGCGCAUACUAUAUACCCGGCGGCAAUUCAAGGAAAUACGGUAUGUUAGUGUUAUUAACUUGUUUGGGUUUUCGUAAAUUCACCAAAACGUCACCGUGGAGUUGUGUAAAUCUGUUCAGCCGAUUGGAGAGCGAGCUUACCCAGCUUGUGGGUCCUUGACGAUGACUUCUGUUUUGUUCGAUCAGCCAUUUUACUACUCGUGACUGAAGUCUGUGUUCUCACUGAACAGAGUUCUCAGACAACAGAAACAGGACGUGCGGGUCAAGCAAUGAUUAGUAAAGGUCUGGGAAGUUGGAAUUAUUCCGGUGCACACAACAAGAUCUCCUGCAAUUCAACAGUCUUAAUUUGCUUGUUUCUAUAGUUACCAAUCCUUUAUUAUGUGCUCUACAACGAUUAAGCACAAAUUCUGUAUCAGAGGAAAGAGUAGAGUAACAGAACCUCAGUCGUGCAGAUCAUGGAAAUCAACAAAGUUGAAUCAAGGCAUCUGGACUGGUUUCAUUUUUAAACCAAAAGGUUUCUUCAGAGUAUGGUCCUGAUGGCUUCAUCUGGCCAGGUUCUUCAGCUCUUACUGGAUCGGUUCGCAGCCGAGUGGGAAGCGACUGGGAUGAGAAUCAGAACCUCCAAGUCCGAGUCCAUGGUUCUCCCCCGGAAAAGGGGAGAACCUAUAUAUAUAUAUAUAUAUAUAUAUAUAUAUAUAUGUAUAUAUAUAUAUAUAUAUAUAUAUAUAUAUAUAUAUAUAUAUAUAUAUAUAUAUAAAAUGUUUUUUUUUUCCUUUUACGGAAGGUUUUUUCUAGAGAAUAAAUGAUGAAAAAAACACUUAAUUGAACAGGUUUAAAAAAGGGGAAAACAGGAAAAAAAAGAAAAUUAAAUUUUUAAACAUAGUUUAUCUUCAAUUUCGACUCUUUAAAAUUCAAAAUUCACCCGAAAAAAAGAAGAGAAAAACUAGCAAAUUCGAAUCUUUUUGAAAAUUUUUUUAAAAUCAUUAGUAAUUUUUCCUGAUUAAGAUUAAUUUUAGAAUUUUGAUGACAUGUUUUAAAUAGGUUAAAAAUCCAAUCUGCACUUUAUUAGAAUAUAUAAGAAAUUGGAUCAAGCUAUAUUUCUAACAAAGACAAAUCCUUAUUUUUCUUCUAGAUUUUCCAGAACAAAAAUUUUAAAAGAAGUUCAAAAGACUUUGAAAUAAGAUUUAAAUUUGAUUCUAAGAUUUUCUAGGUUUGCCAGAAUAAUUUUGGGGAAUUUUAAUCAUAAUAAGUUUGAAGAAAUAUUUCACAAAUAUUCUUCGGCGAAAAAACAGAAGCUAAAAUAAAGAAUUAAAAAAAAAAUUAUUGAUUAUUCUUUACAAUAAAAAAAAUAAAUGUACUUGAACAUUGAUUUAAAUUGUCAGGAAAGAAGAGGAAGGAAUUUAAAAGGUAAAAAAGGUAUAUGUGUUUAAAAAUCCUAAAAUCAGUUUUAAGUUCGUAUUUUUCUCUCUAAAAUUGUCUUUCCGAAAGUUAUAAGAAGCGAAGUAAAAAAAUAAAUGAAUUUAUUUACACAAGUGAAGACCAAGUCUUUAAAAUAUUUUCUUGCAUUUUCAAAUUCUAUUUGAGUUUUGUCUUUUAGAAUUAAAAAUGUCAAGCAAGGCGAGACCCGCUUGCUAGUAAAUAAAUAAAAUUUAAAAAAAUAGAGGCAGCUCACUGGUAAGUGCUGCUAUUUGAGCUAUUUUUAGAACAGGCCAGCGAGCGACUCAUCUGGUCCACGUUGGUGACCCCUGGUGUACAUAUUUUAGCUCCAGUUGUAUACAUUAAAAAAACAUCACUCUGUGUGCCUUCUUCAGCUGUAAUUCGUGUAUUUCUUUGUCUCGAUGAGGGUGAGUGCACAAUACGCUAAAUGGCUGACUGACAGAAUGAGUGUGUUUAAUUGUAUGUUAUUAUUUUCAAUAGUCCGAUGUGAUGAAGCUAAACAAUUUGGCGGAUCGUGAAGCUUGUGAACCCGUAAAAUCCAUAAAUUUGCCACAGCAUUGAAUAAAAUAGCGACUUAUAUUCGGGAUAUUACGGUAUUAUCUCUGUCGACUGCCAUAUUACCAAAAACUGUAAGUAUAUUUUGUAAAUAGUUUCUUCCAUCCUGCACUGUGAAAGCAUCAUUAUUUUUUGCCUAUAUUAUUUUUUUUAAUUUUGGGCAGAAAUUAUUUUAAGUUAGUAGAGGCUCUUGUUCAAAACACUCUCACACUACUGUCUGUUUUUUAUUUUUUUAUUCAGUAUUUUAGCUGCCAGCCAAAAUGUUCUUUUAUCUUUUGAUUUGUUAGCAAAUACAAGAAUAUAAACAAACAACAUGUGACUUGAAAUUAUGUACAUUUUUUAGUAAAUUUAAGGAUGGAUUUUUAUUUUUUAUUUUUACUUAAUAUAAAUUUAACCCUAAGGGUAUAUUGGGGACUUUUUUUUUGUCCUUUGAGGUAAACCUUUGCUUUGGCCAUAACUUUGGCUGUUAGUCCGAAUGGAAUGAUUAUUUUCUAAAAAGUUUUAUUAACAAUAUAGUUGGAAAUAAUAGCAAAGCGAAAGGACAAAAAAGUCUCAGGAAGUUAAGUGUAUAAAAACAUUUUGGUUUCAUAUUUCUACUUAAUUCUCAAACACGGGCUGCAUUUAGUGGUACACCAAAUAAUCACUUUUUUAAGUGAUUAGGGUUUUAUUUUUCUAUAUUCAAACACAGUGUUACUGGUCAAACUGUGUGUAAUGAUACAGUGGCCCAAAAUAUUCAAUAUUUUUGUUAUAUAAAACCUCUUCCUUGUUUUUAAUGAAUACUUGGGCCAACUACGCUACUGGAUUAUUUUUUUAUUUUUAUCUUUUUUUU